AUGAAUCUAAUAUCCGACGUGAAGAAAGAUCCAAUUUGCGUAGAACCUCAUGUAUCUGAUAUGAGUUUGAAAGGCCGACCGGUUUCGAAGUUAUCCGAUAAAUCGAAUCAGGCACCUAAAAAACGUCAUAUCCUCGAUAGCCCUUUUUUCGACAAAGAAAAUGCUUAUUGUGGAGGACGUCCUCACAACUAUUCAUCAGAAUUGAUUCCUGUUGGUUGCAAAUUGUCCGCUCGUACCGAAUCCGAAUCCAACCGUUUGGACAGCUCUAAGUGCGCAAAGGGAGACACUGAUAUUUUGAAGCCCAAAAAUUCCACACCUCAUUCUUUCACAGUUUCAUCCUCAAAAUCUAGCUUUAAAGUGGUCCCUUUAAAUAACAAAGACGGUGCAUCAUCCUACUCUUCAUCGAUAAACUCAUGCAAUGCCUCAUCUUCCAGACAAAAACCUGUGAGAUAUUUUAACAGAUCUAUUGUUCCUACAGCAAAGUUUGUUACGCUUCAGAUUGCAUUUGAUGUUGUCAGGGCGAUUUUCGCUGAAAGAUCCAGUCUUGAAUCCAUAUUCUCUGAAUUGAGGUUCUCCGACCAUCCUUGCACUGAAGGCUGCUUUCCCAAUAUGGACUAUUUUCUUCGAAUAAUAGCUCACGAACGCCUUCAAGAGGAUAAGGCAUGUUUUCAGAUUAGAGACUUUUUGAGCCGUCAGAGCCACCAGAUCACGUCUGACAUGCUCGUCACCUUGGCAGACUGGAUGGUGGAGAUUCAGGAAAGCUUUGCUCUCUCUAGCAGCUCUCUUCACCUAGCCUGGGGCCUCCUCUACGCCUUCUUCGAUAACGCUGGCCGCAUACAAAGAACUGAAGUCCAAUUGUACGCGAGUGUGGCUUUUGUGGUAGCGUGUAAACUGGAGGAGUUGGACUCGCCUGAAAUUGAGGACUUCGUCUACCUGACGAACAAUGCCUACUCGCACGAACAGUUGGUUAUUGCUGAGCAGGAACUCCUAACAUCUAUUGACUUCAAACUACACCGUCCGAAUCCCUUCUUCUUUCUGCGAUACUUCUAUCGGGUGUUGGAUUCGCAAAGCGCACAGCUGGACUGCAUGUGUCGCUUUCUGCUGGACGUGGGGCUUCACGACCACGAGGUGAGUCUGGCGCGCGCCUCGAAGAGGGCAGCGGCCGUGCUGUGGUUGGCUCGAUGCGUCCUUCGCAAUCCGUCCUACGCUCUCUGGCGUAAGCUGUCGCAAAUUGCGGAGCUUUACAAUCUCAUCCUUUCCAACGAACGCUUCAGUGAUUUUUAUGCGUCCUGUGGUGACUCUCCACGUCAGAAUGAUAAUUGGUCCUCAGAAGGUUACGUCUCCGUUGCAACUCCUUUUGUGCCCGUGCGUUUCUUGAAAUCAAUAUCCGACCCCCUUUAUUCGGGUGAAGGGGUGUCAAAAGUAAGGGAACAACAGCCGCAGGAGGAUCAAACCUGCAAAUGCAUUCGAGAAUUGCGUGAAAUGGAGAAGCAGCGCUGUCCUCUGUGGCCCCCCCUUCUUCAGCACGUCACAGGUUAUGCAGAGAGGGAGUUGAUUCCUCUGGCUCUGCAGCACCACCGAUGCGCUCUUCAAUUGCUAGCCGAGGCCGCUCGUGGUGGGCGAUUGCAAGCUGAGGUGGGGGAGACAGAGGCGGGGGCGAAGACAGAAAGAGUGGAAGUGGAGAUUAAAGAAGAAAUGGAAAUGGCUGGACAGAAUUCUACAAGGUCUACUUCGUCCCCGCAACAGUCGCGGUUGCGUCUGACGGCGUCCCGAAGCUCUAGUGAACGCACAACCUCCCCUGGUGGACAUAACAUCAGGCGACAUGUCAUCUCAAAGUACUACAGAACGUGCUACAUGAGUGUGGCCGAAACAUAUCUGCGAUGCUCCUUCGAAAAUCUGAUCCCGCACUUUCCGGAGCUUCAGUGUCCAGACUUGUGUAGCUGUUUUGUCUGUAUGAAUCUUUUGAGCCCCAAAGCCAAUCCUCCGCAGGACGUUCAGCUCGAACUUAAUGUUCAUGUCACCAUUCGACUCAAAGGUCUAGCAAAUAACUUGGGGAGGCAGAAAAACUACGGGUUCAGAGCUACUACGGAGCGAAUCGUGCUUCUUUCUUGGUUAUUCGAAAAACUGGAAGCCAAUUACUGCUCAAGUGCUGUUCUGGAGGGUCUGAGUGUUAUGGAGACGUGUGAAUUAAUGGAUCAGCUGACAUUAACUAUAGAGUGCAGACUCGAAUUGAGUGUCUAA